CACGGAAUCUGUGUUCAUUCUAGCCUCAAGUGCCAUCUGGAGUCGCCGAAAAAAAAAAAUAAUGGCUGCGUUGAGCUUGGUGUUCGCAGCGGCGAAAAACCCUAACUAAAUCGAACCCCAAACCCCAGCUUCUGGCAAUGCUUUUCGAUUCACUAUCUUCUUAUCUCCAUUUCUAGCUAUUAUUUUUUAGACCAUUGAUCUCUUUAGUCGCUCUGCAUCUGCUUCUCGAGGGCCAGACAAUAAAUAAAUAAGAGGCGGCCAUUCUCCGUCAGGAUCAAUUAAAAAAGAGAAGCCCAUCGCCGCCAGCGACCCUCACCGCAUAUCAUGGCUAACAACACGGUCCCCCUCAUCGUGGACAACAAGGACGUCGUCACAUCAACAGCAUUCGAUGUGAAUAGCCCAGGCACAGGCAAGGCUAUCUACCAAUGCAGCAGCGCCACCGUAGACGAUGCGACUCGCGCAGUAGACUCCGCUCACACUGCAUUCAAGAGCUGGUCCAAGACAAAGCCAGCUGUCCGCCAGGACAUCAUGCUCAAGGCCGCUGAGAUCUAUCUUCGACGCAAAGAUGAAUUGAUCGGCUACUGUGCCGAAGAGACCGGUGCUUCGGGCCCUUUUCCGGAGAUUACGUUUGGAAUCGGCUACCAGAUGUUCAAGGACGUGGCCGGAAGAGCUGCCAACAUCGAAGGCGUUGUUCCACAGCUGUUGGAGGAUGGACAGAGUGCGAUAGUUUACAGAGUGCCUUAUGGUGUGAUUCUAAGCAUUGUACCCUGGAAUGCUCCUUUCCCACUGGGUUUGCGCGCCAUUCUCCUCCCACUGAUGGCUGGUAACACAGUAGUUCUGAAAGCCUCGGAGCUGUCUCCAAAGACGUUUUGGGGCAUUGCAGAUGUACUCCGCGAGGCUGGCUUGCCAGCCGGAUGUCUCAAUGUAGUCUAUCAUCGCCCUGCCGAUGCUGCUGAGAUCACAACGGCUUUGAUCGCUCAUCCAGCUGUCCGCAAGGUUAAUUUCACAGGAAGCACAGUCGUAGGCAGCAUUAUCGCUUCGACUGCCGGAAAAUACAUCAAACCAGUUCUGCUGGAACUCGGUGGCAAAGCAAGCUCCAUUGUGCUCGACGACGCAGAUCUCGACAAGGCUGCCACGCAGUGCAUCCUCGGAGCCUUCUUAAACUCUGGUCAAGUCUGCAUGUCCACUGAACGUAUCAUUGUUCAACAAGCCGUUGCAGUGAAAUUCCGUUCCGCCCUCGUAGAGACCAUGAAAAACAUGUACCACGACGACGCCCCGUCGCCAAUUCUAAUCAAUGCGACUCCGGUGGCAAAGAAUAAGAAGCUCAUUUCCGAUGCAGUAUCUCAGGGAGCAGGUAUCGUCCACGGAGACCUUCACCGAGAGGAGUCCUCAGCCACAAGAAUGAAGCCUGUUAUCAUUGAGAACGUCACUCCAGACAUGGAUAUACAUGCGACUGAAUCUUUCGGCCCUACCGUUUCGCUGUUUGUCGUUGAGACAGAGGAGGAAGCGAUCGCGCUGGCCAACGACACAGAAUAUGGUCUUACCUCGGCAGUAUUCACGACCAACUUAGGGAGAGGAUUGCGUGUGGCUAAACAGAUCGAAUCGGGAGCGGUUCAUAUCAAUUCACUUACCAUACACGACGAGCCCGCUCUUCCACAUGGCGGUAUGAAGAAGAGUGGCUUUGGUCGUUUCGGCGGCAUCAGUGGCCUCAACGAGUUCUUGACCACAAAGUCUGUGACAUGGAUGGAUAUUUAGACAGAACUUCGAAUGAUCUUCAGGUACUCCGUACCAAGCCACAGCUACCAAGUUUAAGCGGUCGGAAGACAGAAAUGGCGCAGAAAAAAGUGGCUCCAUGCUCGUUUCGGGAGUUCGAAGCUGUUACUGGUGAUUGUCGAUUCGUUCGGGAACAGCUCAGUGACUCCGUAUUACUACUCCGUACCGGACAUUAACAUGUAUGAAUGGAUGAAUGAUAAUCUGCAAAUCUUUAAUCUUAUUCUUGUAUAACAGCCUUGUCUUGUGA